AUGUCUCAACCCAACAAGCGCUCAUAUACCACCAUCAGCACCACCACUUCCACCACCUGUACCGGCGGUGCCGGCGUUGGCAACCACAAAUCUCACCUAUCCACCUGCGGCAAUGCAGAAGGCCAAGUCACAGGCCGUCGCGUUAUCUCUAGACGGCAAGAACGGCCAACACACCAGUCACCGCACGUCCACUUCGCUCCCGAUAUUGAAAGCGCCGUCGUCGAUGACCCUAACUCUAUGAUCGAAGAUCCCAACCCAACGAUGUCGUCGAUGGUUCUUCCCAGCUGGACGUGUCUCCACAAGUGGAGUCACCGCAAUUUGUCUCGGAAAAAGGCCACUCCGCCGCAGCCGGCGAAGAAGCUCGUAAUUAAGCUCGUGAAAG